AGUCAGUGACCCAAACAAGAGAUCUAGACCCACCACUCAUUGACAAGUAACCCAAUACCGAUCUAGAAAGAAUCAUGCGACUCGAAUCACUCUGAAUGCAUAUGCAAUUGCAAAGCUGCCCACUUCAAUUUCCUUUACUACCCGAACCCGUUCACUACCACUUCUUGUUCCUGUGUAACUUAUUCGUAUAAAAUAGCGUACAGUUUCAAAAGCAAAACUACACCAUGGUCGACCCCUUCGCCCUCUCUUGUCUCGAGCUGCACGCCGAGAAGCUGGAAUUCUACACCCCCUUCCUGAAAGACAACUCGGGUAACGAGUACAAGCUCCGCACCAAGCAGAACAGGUCGGAAUUUGUGACGGACUGCUUGAGUUUCCGGGACGGCGCGGUGAACGUUUCUUCGCUCCCUUUCGUGAACCUGCUGAAGAAUGGGGUCUUGUCGCAGGAAAAAUUCGAGUUAUACCAGUCCCAGCUGGAAAAACCGGCGUACCAGCAGAUGCACGCGGGGAUUAUUGGGAAAGCGUUGAGUAUGAUCGCGGUGGGAGGAGGAACAGCUACAGCAGGAGAUCACGCAGAUGAUGUUGACAGCUAUUCAAACCUCCUGUCUCUCCUGCGACCAGAGAAAGAAGCUGAUGCUGCUGUUGGCUCUGCAAACGGGGAUGAAGUUAUGCUGGAUGAUCUGGAAGAAGACGAGGACGAUGCUGAUAAAACAACAGACGAGCCCGAAGACGAGGAGGAAAAGGAAAUCCGGCUUGCCGCGCUGCGCAAAAGACGAGAGGCUGCGAGGAUGGUCACCGCAACAGAGAUAUGGAGUGUAAAAAUGUCUAGAUCUGGAAGGAUGCAACUUGUAAUGCUGCAUUUGGAUUCCAAAAAAAUCUGUAUUGCAUGAGCAGCAAGGGAAGUGUAAUUUUUGCUACUGGAUGGAGACGGCAUUUGUUAUGCGGAAUAGGUAUCCAGAAGCCCUCAAAAGAUAUCUGCCGCUAGAGCAUGCAUCACAAACAUCAUGGCUCAUGCAAAACUUGCAUGACAAGUCUCAGAAUCUUCCAGACCCAGACACUUUUACAUUUGAUAAGAGAUCUUGCAGAACUGCUUGGCGUUUGUGGCGAAGGAGCAACAAAUGUCGAGUAAUUCAUCUGCAUCGUCCUCCACGACGAAAACGUCGAAAAUCCCGAAUGCAAAUCGGAACAAUUCCCGAUCCGCACCUACCUCUCCAAUGACAAUGAGAACAAUAACAAACAAGAAGCACCAGAUCAGAGUUCCGAAACAGGUGAAAGAGUACAAGAACUGCCUCGCGAUGGUGAACGAAGCCGGGAGCUUGAGCGGUCUUAGUUCUGAAGAUCCAGGCGGCAUUCCUCGGCUGGCGGGACUGAUGGGUGAGGUAGCUGAUUUGAUGCCGGAGGAAGUUCUUCCUGUGUUGAUUCCGCAGCCAACAUCGUUUGGAGAGGAAGAAGGUCAAAAGGUUGAAGACCAUCCACUUGCUGCUGCAUUCUACGCUGGUUUCAGCAAACGGCUGCUGGAAACCUUGAUUCCAGUCGCUGUCCACUACCGGUUGUUUGCAGAGUGCGGGAAGUUUUUUAAGUUUCUGAACUUCACAGCACCACCGGUGGAAGGAGAAAAAGAAGGUAAUACUGCAGCUGACCAAAAUGCAGCAGUAGCAGCGGCUCCUGAGAUGAAUCUGUCCGGUGAGCAGGCUCCUCUUGCUCCAUCAUAUCACGAGAAAAAAGUGCUACAGUUACACAUUUGUUGGAGUUUCUGCAUCACAAAUUUUCCCUGUGUGGCAGAGAAGGCUUGUAAUGCGAAGAUCAUAAGGGAAAACAGGACGGAAACGAGGCUCCCAAGCAUUUCCUGCAUGAGAAAGGUUGUCUCUGUUGCCGGUCUUGCAUCACAAUGUGCAACUGUAACACUUUUUUCUUGUGAUACAUCAGCGAAGAAACUUAUCACCGACUACAACCGGAAAAAACACCCGUUUUUUGACAGCUUCAUCCAGAAGUACAGUGGGAAAAUAUUCCAACAAUUGGCGGACGACUUGGAUCUACUGGUAAACUCUCUUUUCAGCAAAUUUCUCCGGUUCACCUCGUUCUCCUCAUCUCUCGACCAGGCUGCCGGAGUACUAGAGCUGCGGCAGGAAGUGAUCGUUUUCAAAGCCCACUAUCUCCGUUUCCUCGAAGCAGAAAUCGCCGCGCUUCACGAAUUUUCCGCGGUGGACCCGCUGAUAUCCGAUCCGGACCUGCACCGGGAGCGCUUUUUCCACGUGAUAGAAGUUGCACAGAAAUUGUCUGCGCCAGGAGAGCAGGACCAGGAUCUGACUCUGCUAUCCAGCAUGACAAAUUUCGAACCCAGCCCCAGUGUUCUUCUCCUCUCGUCCGCGAGUGUGAAUGCCGUCCGGUCUGGGCAGACUAGUUCUGCCGACGGCGUCGUUCAGUUACUCGACAACCUCGACUCUACCGAGUUGAAAGUCUUGUCAAGAUUACAAAUCGCGACCGCAACUUGUCAUGCGGUCAACGAAUACGAAGUGGCGAAUUCCGUGUUCGAGCAGGAAUGUUUCCUGGAAGAGUUCCGGGGGAGAAUUAAGACUGCGCUCACUAACGGUUCUAGCAUGACAAACAGUCAGGGAGCAGGUGAGGAGGACGAAGCAACAAAGACGAAAAUUCUCAAGGUAAACAAUUUGAAUAAUUGGAGCGCGAAAACGAUCCAGGUCUUGUCGGAGGAAAUUAUCGAGUCCGAAAAGGAGAACCCUUUUGACGGGAAAAAUCCGCCGUUUUUGUUGAUUUGCGAUGCGACGAACGCUUCGGGACGAACUACAGGUAACAACAAAACCGCCGAUGAUCCGCAACUCGUGGAGCAGCAGCAAGCACAAUUCUUCGCGUUGCAGGAAUUUUUACUUUCGAAGGCGUUUCUCUUAACCGGUAGUUCCAGCGAAGUUGGGUUUUUCCUGAACAGAAGCGAAAGAGAAGUGAUGAACGACCCAGAUGGCUCGGCGAUGGAAAUGUUCCGGAAAUUCAUGGGGUUGAAUUCUUUGCUUCUUGUAACCGGGGAACAAACGGGAGUCGAUUUGUUCACGUUGUACAUUUUUCUCCCUGCGAACCACAACUUUUUGAAGAAAUUGUCCUCUAGUUCUGCGAAGAAUCUGACCACUGUUCUGAAAUUGGAGUCGUAUCGAGAAUUGAUCAAGCAGCAACGGCGGGACUUCGUGGAGUCGCUCGGAGAUCUGGACGAAUUGGCGAUGCUGAGUACAACUAGUGGUACAACAACUUCCUCGACCGGAGAGAUAAUUAUGAACAAGAUCUGCAUGAAGGACGUGGAGAUCACCCCGGAAUUAUUAACCGCAGUCGCUGCGAACGGGAAAAAGUUGGCGAGUAAGGUGUUGAAAAUCGAAUUCAAGCCGCAUUUGACGAAUUUACAGAAGAAUUUGAUUAAAUCGAAUUUACUCGAGCAGAAGGAAAACCGGACCAGCUCGUGUUAUUGUAACGACAGUUUUGGGGCGAUUGUUUCAGCGGUGGUGGUUGGGGAAAUUGCGAAGUUUGUGACGCUAUCAAAUGCAAAAAUGUCUGGGUCUGGAAGAGUGGAACUUGUGACGCUGUCCUUGGAUUCCAAAAAAAUCUGUGUUGCAUGAGUAGCAAAGGGAUUGCAAUUUUUGCUACGCUGAGACGGCAUUUGUCAUGCAGAAUAGGAAUCAAGAGGCCCUCAAAAAUUCUGUAUUGCUAGGGUAUGCAUCACAGACAUCGUGUGUCAUGCAAAACGUGCAUGACAACUGUCAGAAUCUUUCAGACCCAGACAUUUUUACAUUUGAUACACGCCACCACCAGGUGGAGGACUUCUGUCGUCGGACGGAGUGGGCGUAGGGGUAAUGCAGGAGUCCUCUUCGAAUAGUCCGUUUUCCUCGGUGGAGUGUUUGCCGAAAGCAGCGUUUUCUGGGAUGAACUUCUUGUUUAGUUCGAUCAGUAACGGGAAAAUCAGUCCGCAGUGUGGGAAGGUCAAGGUGUUGUAAGUGUGAGAAAUGAUAUGGUUUAUUUAGUUAUGCUACACCUUCACCUGCACAUCACUGUCGCUUUAGUAAAUGUAAAAAGUCGUGACAAGAAGGAUGGUUACAACACAAUGAACGUGAAAAGGACGACGACGUUAAAACGAAAAGUGAGACAAUGUCGAGCAUCAUGUCUUUUUCGCAUUCAUAAGUUUAAGUACUUGAGUAUUCCACUCCCAGUCAUAGUUUUUUCGAAGUACAUGAAAAUGUUUGUAGUACUAAGUUGAACACAAAGUAGCAUCCAUAGGCCGCACACAAAUAAUCUCUUAUGGACUAACCAAUGCCGAGGUGGUCUUUCUUGGAUGAACGCAGCGUAGGAGCUGAAUAAGUCUUGCCAUUAUUUGAAGAUGAAAAGCAACAUCCAGUAUAAGCAAUUGCAAUGUGCAGUAGCCGGAACCAUCACCGGUGCCUACAGCCUCCAUGAUUCAGUAGUAGUCCACAAGUACUACAUCGGCCAAACCAUCAACACGUCGAAAGAAAAAACUUGAUGAAUUGUCUAAAAUGCACUGACUCACCCUGCGAAGAUAGCGCAGUUCGGAGACGGAUUUAGUACAUAGAGUUUUAGUGAUGUUCCACUUCCAGCGGCAGGCAAAGCGAC